UUAUAAUAAAAAAAAUAAAUCAAAUAAGAAACAGAAAGAUGAAAAAUAUAAAACUCAAAGAAGAAAAAGAAUCACUGAAGUUAAGUUUAGACGCGCCGAAAAGAAUUAUUGGCCGCAUAAAAGUCAUUAUUACUUUUUCGUUAUUAUGCUCGGGAAUGGGCCAGAUUUUCUUCCAUACAUGAUCUGCUUCUCGUUGCAAAUAUCCGGAGGAUUGUUUAUACUAACAUAUUUAUUGAGCGCGUUUCUUCUCGCCAUGCCGUUAAUAUACAUGGAAAUCUUUUUGGGACGUUACACCUCCUUAACGAACAGCCAAAUGUAUCGAAUGGUGCCGAUUUUUUUCGGAUUUGGCGUGAUGAUCUUAUUAAUGAACAUGUUUUACAUUCCUAUUAAUAUGGUUAAUACGAGCCACUUUUUUAUUGACUUUUUAAAAUUGAUGAUCGAACCGGAUUUAUUUAAAAAAUGUCCAGUCGGAUCUGAUACAAAUUUAUGCAUCGAUGGGAUUACAAGGAAUAAAACCAGAAAAAGCGUUAUUUGUAUGCAUGGUGAUUACCUAUGUUCUUCAGGAAAAGGAUUAAAAUUCGUAACAGAUUAUAUUUAUUGGCAAACUUUUAAGUCUGAGGAUCCAUCAAAUUAUCCAAUUUGGCAACUUUUAAUUUCAUUAAUCGUUACGUGGAUUGUUAUUGGAGCAUUUAUGAUUUUAGGAAUGAGAGUUAUAGGAGCGAUGCUGAAAGCAAUCACUAUAGUUUGUUGGGUAAUUUUUACCGUGAUGUAUAUUAUGGCUUUAACAGUUUCUGGUAGUGAAAAUGGAUUAAAAACGAUUAUUUCUAUUGAGUAUAGCAAAAUGAAUGUUUAUAAGUGUUUAAUAAUAGCUUUUUAUACAAUUGGAAAAUUGGGGUUUUUAGUACCAACUGGUUACAUGACAGCUUCUGCUUAUGCAAAAUUUCCGAAACGAUUAGGAACUGGAGCUGAAACUCUCCUUUUAGUAAUUUCAAACGUUUUUAUUUCACUUUUCUUUUUAUCCGGAAUGUUUGCAAUAGGAGGAGCUUUAGCUAAACAAUUCGAUGUAGAAAUUCAGGCAGUUAUGUCACCAUUAAUUGGUUUAUAUUUAUCAUUAAUUCCUCAAUUUUUAACACAUAUGGAAUCACCUUUAUCUUUCAUGUUAUGCUACAUGUUCUUCUUUUGGUUUAUUCAAAUUAUACGAACGACGGUCGUCAUUCAUUUGAUCGUUCUCAAUCUUUACGAUUACCUCCCGCAGUUGAGCUAUUUUCCAAAUUACGUCGUCAUGUCCAUUGUGGGUGUAUGUGGAGUUACAAGCUUAAUUUGUUGUCUCCACUUUUUUGUGAUGCUCACUGAUCUUCUUGCUGUAAAUUAUAUCAUUUUAUGUUUAAAUUGUCAUGUUUUAAUAGAGUCGUUUAGUGUUUUUUGUUGUUAUGGUGUAAAGAGAUUAUGCGACGACAUCCAUUUUUUAACCGGGCGAAAACCGAUGAGAUAUUGGUCUUUACUUUGGUACACAAUUCCUUUCUUUGCCUUGGUUUCUUUUAUGGCAAUAAUUUUAAAAUGGGACAAUCUAAAAGAUAUGCAAUCAAUUCUUGCACAUAAGAAAUUGUCGAAUACUCACAUUUACGCGGGAGCUUCAGUCCUUACGAUUACUCUCCUAGUAACUUUUGCGUCAUCCUUCUUGUUUGUGGUGUUAAGUUUCCGCACCUCCAACACGAAUUUAUUAAAGCCACAAUUUUUCUGGGGGCCAGCAAAACGUGAAAUAAGAAUGUCCAGAAAAUCGUUUGCUCCAAGAACAUCGAUAAGAUCUCAACCACCCCGUAAAAAGAAACAACGUUUUAGGGUGAGAUCAAUAAAACAGAUGCACGAAAAGGAUUUAGCGGAGAAAGUGAAAAGGGGAAGGAUUUUUGUCGAUACCGCUUUCUUUAGAAAUGUGCAUUUGGAAAAGGGGAAAUCGGUUCCUUUAUCAGUAAACGAACCAACUGUUAUUUAUAAAUAAAUUUUAUUGUAUUAUUUUUUUAAAUAAAUUAGAAAUAUCCAA